GAGACUCUUCUUUGCGGUAUUUUCGGUGUGCCUCCCGGGAGCCGCCGCUCCGCCCGCCGCUGGCGCCGCCUCCGCCCGGGAGCGGCUCCGCCCGCGCCUGUCCCUGUCCGGCUCCGCGGGGCCAUGGCCGCAGCACGAGCUCAGCGGCAGCCGCAAAAUGAUGGCUAUCGAACCUUAUCUUUGUCCGGGCAUGUUGGUUUUGGUAGUUUACCUGAUCAAUUGGUUAAAAAAUCCACGAAGCAGGGCUUCUGCUUCAACAUUCUUUGCAUUGGGGAAACUGGAUGUGGGAAAUCAACAUUAAUAAACAGUUUGUUUAACACCAAUUUUGAUGACCCUGUGUCAAUGCAUUUUCUGCCAAGUGUGCGACUUAGAGCCCAGACUUAUGAACUCCAGGAAAGUAACGUUCUUUUGAAGCUGACCAUUGUAAAUACAGUGGGAUUUGGUGACCAGAUAAACAAAGAAGAUAGCUAUCAGCCCAUAGUGGAUUAUAUAGAUGCACAAUUUGAAGCCUAUCUCCAGGAAGAACUGAAAAUUAAACGUUCUUUGUUUAGCUACCAUGAUACUCGCAUCCAUGUCUGCCUCUAUUUCAUUUCGCCCACAGGCCAUUCCCUAAAAACUCUAGAUUUGUUAACCAUGAAAAGCCUAGACAGCAAGGUGAACAUUAUACCAAUUAUAGGCAAAGCAGACAGCAUAUCUAAAACUGAGCUGCAGAAGUUCAAGAACAAAAUCAUGAGUGAAUUAGCUAGUAAUGGCAUCCAGAUAUACCACUUUCCAACUGAUGAUGAAACUGUUUCUAAAAUUAAUACCAUCAUGAAUGGGCAUUUGCCAUUUGCUGUAGUAGGAAGUACAGAAGAGGUGAAAAUUGGAAACAAAACAGUGAGAGCUCGCCAGUACCCUUGGGGAAUUGUACAAGUGGAAAAUGAGAACCACUGUGACUUUGUAAAGCUGCGCGAGAUGCUUAUUUGCACAAAUAUGGAAGACUUAAGAGAGCAGACUCAUGCACGACAUUAUGAGUUGUACAGACGGUGCAGACUGGAAGAGAUGGGCUUCAGAGACAUUGGCCCUGAGAACAAACCAGUCAGUCUACAGGAAGCCUAUGAGGCAAAGAGGCAUGAGUUCUACCUUGAAAUGCAAAGAAAAGAGGAGGAGAUGAGACAACAGUUUGUGCAGAGAGUGAAAGAGAAAGAAGUCAUGUUGAAAGAAGCAGAGCAACAGAUACAGACUAAAUUUGAACAUCGUAUGCUAAUGCAUCAAGAAGUGAAACUGAAAUUAGAGAGAAAGAAAAAAGCUCUAGAAGAUGAAAUAGCUAUGUUUAUUGAGAAGAAAGCUAAUGCUGAAUUACUCCAGUCACAGGCAUCUGUCUCUACUCCUGUUGUUAGUUUGAAGAGAGACAAAGAUCGCAAAAAUCUCAGCUUUACAUAAUACUGAUGACAGAAGAAACAAUAUUUAUAAUUUCUCUUGAGGAAGCAAUGAUUCACGUCGUGCUUUCAGAGGUGUAAGAGCUGCAGCUUCUUAUGGAAAAAGGAUCUGGAAAAUAUCUGUUGUUGCUGCUUGCUCAAAAGAAUAAUUUUGAAGUAUGAUCUGCAUACAUACAGUGCAGAGAUUGCUGUCAUUGCCAUCAUGGACUUUCUAUUACAAGUCUACCUUGAUAUGCACUUGCCUUACAUAUAUGUGUAGCCAACUUGCUUUCAUUUUAAGUGCACUGUACCAAAGAAAAUUACUCUGCUAUAAGCAGUUCUAUUCAUAAUAUGAAUGCUGUAGUGCAAAAGUAUUCAGUGAAUAUAUCCACUGUAACCUUUCUAAGGAGUUAUUUUCAUAUUGUAUGGUAUAUUAGUCUAUUAAAUAUUAUUUAAUACAACUUUUGACAUAAUUCAACCAUUUACUAAUUUCACUGACAGCUUUUGGUUUCUAGGCUUUUAUGUACAAGCACUGUCCUAAAUUUCAGAUGCAAUCUCUAUAACCAGAAUUUAUUGAUAUUUUUGCAGUGCUGUACUGUUGCAUUAUAAUUUAUCUGACAUUACUAAUUUAAUACGGAAAGUGCCUAUAACUUUUUGAUGCUUGUGACUGUGGUGUUCAGUUACAACAGAAGCUGAACUUUAUGGAAACUAUUAGCUACAAGAGCUUCAGGUUAAAACAAGUUCAAAAUAUUUUUUUAUAUUUUCAGUAGCCAUGAUGACUAACGGGAAACUGUAAGAGGCGCAGUUCUCUGAAGUUUUGUGUGACUUUGUAAAAAUGAAAAGCUAACUUGAUAGAAAUAAAAUACAUUGGUUUUGCUU